AGCUUAGACAUAUGUCUUCAAUGUGAUUUUCAUGACCUAGGACAAAAGUGAAAGAAAGGGUCAGUUGUAAAAGUAAGGAUUUUAGAUGUGUGGUCCUUUCUAGCCUCCUAAUAUGUGCUAUCUCAAAAAUAAUAGCAAUAGUGACACACAUGAAACAUAGGAAGAAAGAGGGGGAUGACAUACUGGAAAUUUUGUUUUAGAAAUUUUUAAGACUACACACACAAACCAGAAAAUAAAAAAUAAAAUUUAAAGGAAAAACAGACUUAUCUUCCCCCAAUUUAGCAUUUAUAAGCAGUAAACAAACAUUUAAUGGACGUUUUAUAACACUCUAUAAUGUGGUUGUGCACAGCUAUAAAGGCAUUUUUAAAUGUUUAUUCAUAGUACACUAGUAGUCUGCCUGGACAGAGACAGGGAGUGAAGUGAGAACCACGCCUUCUGAGUUGUCCAAAAAAACAAAAAACAAAAACAAAUACCUGGCUUCAGUGGCUGGCACGUGCGACGUCUUUUAAUUGGACGUCAGUUUUUGUCUGUACCACACGCCUUAAGGUCGCUGGCUGGUUUUGGCUCUCACUGUUCUGCUGGGUGAUGGCUGCAAUCUGAGGAGGUCAACUUGUGGAUUUUAACGACACACAUCACACAAACACACACUGUCUGGAUAGUGGACACCUGAGGAGGAAGAGAGGCCCACAGGACAGGAACAAUGGCCAAGUACCACUGGCAGAGUCAAAAUGUGAAGCAAAGUGGAGUGGACGACAUGGUCCUGCUGUCCAAGAUCACUGAGGACGCCAUUGUGGACAACCUCAAGAAAAGAUACAUGGACGACUACAUCUUUACUUAUAUUGGCCCCGUGUUGAUAUCAGUUAACCCGUUCAAACAGAUGCCCUAUUUCACUGACAGAGAAAUCGAACUUUAUCAAGGAGCUGCCCAAUACGAGAAUCCACCUCACAUCUACGCCUUGAGUGAUAACAUGUACAGAAACAUGAUGAUCGAUGGAGAAAAUCAGUGUGUCAUCAUUAGCGGUGAGAGCGGAGCUGGAAAGACUGUGGCUGCCAAAUACAUCAUGGGUUACAUUUCCAAAGUAUCAGGUGGAGGAUCAAAAGUGCAGCAUGUAAAAGACAUCAUCCUACAGUCAAAUCCUCUGCUGGAAGCCUUUGGUAACGCCAAGACUGUACGGAACAACAACUCUAGUCGUUUUGGGAAAUACUUUGAGAUUCAGUUCAGCAAAGGAGGCGAGCCUGAUGGCGGCAAAAUCUCAAACUUCUUACUAGAGAAGUCGAGGGUGGUGAGCCAGAAUGAGAACGAGAGGAACUUCCACAUUUACUAUCAGCUGAUAGAGGGCGCCAACGCUCAGCAGAAAGAAGGUCUGGGCAUCAUGACCCCAGACUACUACUACUACCUCAACCAGUCUGGGACGUACAAGGUGGAUGGAACCAAUGAUAGCAAAGACUUCCAAGAGACUAUGGAAGCCAUGGAGGUCAUUGGGAUCCCAGGCGACAUCCAGGCUCAGGUGCUGCAGAUCAUCGCAGGCAUCCUCCACCUGGGAAACAUCAGCUUCAUAGAGGCAGGCAACUAUGGGCAGGUGGAGAGCACAGACUUGCUCGCCUUCCCUGCCUAUCUGCUCGGCAUCGACCCCAACCGUCUGCAGGACAAGCUGACCAGCAGGAAGAUGGAUUCAAAGUGGGGAGGGAAGUCUGAGUCCAUUAAUGUGACCCUGAACCAGGAGCAGGCCACCUACACACGAGAUGCUCUGGCCAAAGCCCUCUAUGCACGACUCUUCGACUAUCUGGUUGAGGCCAUAAAUAAAGCCAUCCAAAAACCCUAUGAAGAAUUCAGUAUUGGAGUACUUGACAUUUAUGGCUUUGAGAUAUUCCAGAGAAAUGGCUUUGAGCAGUUCUGCAUCAAUUUUGUCAACGAGAAACUGCAACAGAUCUUUAUUGAACUCACUCUGAAGGCAGAGCAGGAAGAGUAUGUUCAGGAGGGGAUCAAGUGGACACCUAUCGAGUACUUCAACAACAAGAUUGUGUGUGACCUCAUUGAAAAUAAAUUGAAUCCUCCUGGUAUAAUGAGCGUGCUGGAUGAUGUGUGUGCCACCAUGCAUGCCAAAGGAGAGGGUGCAGAUGUUACUCUGCUGCAGAAACUGCAGGCUGCUGUGGGGACGCAUGAACAUUUCAACAGCUGGAACCACGGCUUUGUCGUACAUCACUACGCCGGCAAGGUGUCAUAUGAUAUCAACGGCUUCUGUGAGAGAAACCGGGAUGUGCUUUUCCCUGACCUCAUAGAGCUCAUGCAAAGCAGCGAAUAUGACUUCAUCCGCAGCUUGUUUCCUGAACACCUCAACACAGAUAAGAAAAGCAGGCCGACCACAGCCAGCUCCAAGAUCAAGAAACAAGCUAAUGAUCUGGUUAACACCCUGAUGAAGUGCACUCCGCACUAUAUCCGCUGUAUCAAACCCAAUGAGACAAAAAGACCGAAAGACUGGGAGGAGAGCAGGGCUAGACAUCAGGUUGAAUACCUUGGACUGCGGGAAAACAUACGUGUAAGAAGAGCUGGCUUCGCGUACCGCAGAAUCUUUAAUAAGUUUCUGAUGAGGUAUGCCAUUCUGACUGCAGAGACAUGGCCGAGCUGGAGGGGUCCAGAGCAGCAGGGCGUCCUUCACCUCCUUCGGUCUGUCAACAUGGAUAACGACCAGUAUCAGAUGGGACGCACCAAAGUCUUCGUCAAAAACCCUGAAUCGCUGUUUCUACUCGAGGAGAUGAGGGAGAGGAAGUUUGACACUUUCGCCAGGAUCAUCCAGAAAGCCUGGAGAAGAUACAUUGCCAGGAAGAAGUAUGAACAAAUGAGAGAAGAGGCCUCAGACAUCCUGUACAACUCCAAGGAACGGAGGAAGAACAGCAUCAACAGGAACUUUGUCGGAGACUACCUCGGUCUGGAGCAGAGGCCGGAGCUGCGACAGUUUCUGGCCAAGAGGGAGCGCGUUGACUUUGCUGAUUCAGUCAAUAAGUUUGAUCGCAGGUUCAAGUCUAUCAAGAGAGAUUUAAUCUUGACCCCAAAGGGCAUCUAUCUGAUUGGUCGAGAGAAGAUCAAAAAAGGACCUGAGAAAGGACAGAUAAAGGAGGUGCUGAAACGAAAACUCGAGUUUGGAAGCAUCAGUAGCGUCUCUCUCAGCACGAGGCAGGAUGAUUUCUUCAUCCUGCACGAGGCCCAGUACGACAGUCUGCUGGAGUCCAACUUUAAAACCGAGUUUCUCAGCCUACUGUCUAAACGCUACGAGGAUGUGACCAAGAGAAAACUGACAAUCUCCUUCACUGACAGACUAGAGUUCAGAGUGAAGAAGGAGGGCUGGGGUGGAGGAGGCUCAAGGGUGGUGGUCUUCCAGAGGGGGCAAGGAGACCUGUCCCAGCUCAAACCUGGAGGGAAGACCCUCACCAUCACAAUAGGAGACGGUCUACCUAAGUCUUCCAAGCCAACCAGGAAAAGUGCCCCACAGUCUUAUGGUGGAGGGAGAAAUCAUAUUGCCAACAGAGCGCACCAGAAUGGAGCAGCUCAGUUUUCCAGAGCCCCUCAAAACCGACCGCCAGAUACCACAUAUUCCUCCCCGCACAAACAGGGCCGGCCACCAAGCACAGCCCCGCCCAAACUGGGUUCCCAGAAAGCGCCGAGAGCCCCAGCACACAACCAGUACAACCAAGGGAACUUGGACUUCCUCAAUGUGCCUGACCAGGGCAUGUCAGGGAAGCAGAGGAAAAGGAGCAUCAAUCAGCGACCUCCUCCUGCUCCUAAACCGCAGCCUCAACCCCAGGGGCCUCGCUGCCGGGCGUUAUAUCAGUACACUGGCCAGGACACGGACGAGAUCAGCUUCGAGGCCAAUGAUGUCUUUGACCUGGUCAAAGAAGAUCCAUCAGGCUGGUGGACGGGCAGGAUCCGAGGAAGGGAAGGUCUCUUCCCUGGUAACUAUGUUGAAAAGAUCUGAUCAAGACUUGAUGGUUCCUCGUGGACUUCCUCUUGUCUGUUUGUCGAGAAUUAUGUGUUAUUUGUUGAAAGCAGCACAUACUGUUCCCUAAAGAAACUGCCUGUGAAUUGUUCAUGGUUGCAUGGUAGAUUUUCAUCCAUAAUGGAAACAGCGCUGUUGAAAGGUGGACCUCACUGACAUUUGAGCCACAUCUAACUUGUUUGGCAGUAUGCUGUACAAGCAAAGCACAGGAGACUUCACUGUUAUGGUCAUUAUCGUUAAAACACAGAUCCACUGCAAAGAGCAGCUCAGGUUUCAUGUCUCUGGUUGUGCCGGAUUGUCCUGUUCAGAAUGACCUAGCAACAAGCUCUUUGACUUCACCCACACUUCCACAAACCAUUUAUUUCAGCCGUUACUUCACUGAAUAUUACUCAAAGCUAAAGUUAGUCACUUAAGGCAAAAGUGACCUGCAUUGCUUUAUGGUGUCUACAGUGUUUAUAGGCUUUUCUCCAGAGCAACGUCCAAUACUGUUCAGUAUUCUCGAUUUAGUCACCAGCACAAUAUCAUGUAAUGAUAGAUACUGUAUUAGAACAAUGUUGAAUAUGCAACAAGUGAACUUGACUGUUACAUUUGCACCAUAACAAACCUGCUUCAGAUGAAUCAAAAAACAAAGACAAUACUUGUGAUUCACUUAAAAAAUAUAUUUUAUAUUCAUGGGUUAUUACUAAUAUCAUUGUUGCCAUUCCUCAUAUGUUUUUUCAGCUCAAUAAAAAGAAUAAAUAUA